AAAAAAGAACCACCUUUUCUUUUAGCCUUCCAAAGCCGAAACCGAAAGGUAGAGCGUAAGUGACACUGUGAUUGCAAAGAUUCCUCCUUUCAUUGAGCCAUCCAAACCCAGAUUUUUUUUUUUGUCGAAUCCAAGCCCAGAUCACAGAAGGCAAAUUGGAGCUUUUCUUUUUCCUUUUUUCUUAUUCUGCUUCCUGGAGGGUUGAAUUACUUGACGGUGAAGCUGUUUUUGAGGUAUAGAAGCAUGGGAAGUCCCCAACAACCAAAGAGGAGAGUAGCUUUUGUGCUUAUUGAUGGUCUGGGUGAUGUGUCAUUGCCAAGGUUUGGAUACAAGACUCCUCUGCAAAUAGCCAAUGUUCCAAACCUGGAUGCCCUUGCAUCUGCAGGAAUUAAUGGCCUUAUGGACCCUGUUGAAGUAGGCUUGGCUUGUGGAAGUGAUACUGCUCACCUUUCAUUAUUGGGUUAUGACCCACGAGUAUAUUAUAAGGGUCGAGGUGCAUUCGAGUCAAUGGGUGCUGGAUUGGCUAUGUCACCUGGUGAUAUUGCAUUCAAGUCAAAUUUUGCAACUUUUGACGAGAAAACUGGAGUAGUCACCAGCAGAAGGGCUGACAGGCACUUUGAAGAAGAAGGACCAAUUCUCUGUGCUGCUCUUGAUAGAAUGAAGUUGCCAUCCUACCCUGAAUAUGAAGUUAGAGUCAGGUAUGCAACAGAACAUAGAUGUGGAGUGGUUGUAAAGGGGCCAAGAUUAAGUGGCAAUAUAUCAGGAACAGACCCAUUGAAGGACAACCGCUUACUUCUGCAAGCUGAAGCCUUAGAUGAUACUGAUGAAGCAAAGCAUACAGCUGCAGUUGUCAAUGAAUUGUCUAGGGAGAUAUCACGAAUUCUAGUCUCGCACCCAUUGAACGCAAAAAGGGCGGCCGAAGGGAAGAACAUUGCCAAUGUUGUUCUUUUACGCGGAUGUGGAAUUCGAAUUGAGGUUCCAUCAUUUGAAAAGAAACAUGGUUUACAGCCGUGCAUGGUAGCUCCCACUAAAAUCAUAGCUGGCUUGGGCCUAUCACUUGAUAUUGACAUUCUAGAAGCUCCAGGGGCAACUGGAGAUUAUCGAACACUUUUGACUUCCAAAGUGACUGCCAUGGCUAAGGCACUCUCUGCUCCUUCCCAGUCUUCUCCCAAUGUUUUUGUACCUGGAGAGGAUGAGCACAAACCAGGCAAACCAGAUGGAUACGACUUUGGGUUUCUCCACAUUAAGGCAAUAGAUGAUGCUGGUCAUGAUAAGGCUAGCCUUUUGAAAGUUAAGGCGUUGGAAGCAGUAGAUCGAGCUUUAGGUCAGCUGGCCAAACUUCUUUGGCAGGCAGAAUCAAGCGGAAAGUUCCAGUAUUUCCUUUGUGUCACUGGAGAUCACUCUACUCCGGUUGAGUAUGGAGACCAUAGUUUUGAACCAGUUCCAUUUGCCAUCUGCCGGUUAACUGACUUUGUGGGCACCAUUGGUGGAGAGCCCAUUGUUGUGGCAACAUCCCUUGAACCAUUUCCUCUUCCAACCGUUAAGGCCGGUGAAGACCUAGAUGAAGAUAAUAUGGAAGAGGAUAGAACUAGCAAGCAACUUAAAGCUUCCAGUGGUGAUUCAGUUUGUGAAUUCAGCGAAAUAGCAGCAGCAAGGGGGUGUCUUGGACGGUUUCCUGGAGGAGAAAUGAUGGGUGUCAUAAAGGCAUUUCUUAAACUAAAUGCAUGAGAUGCUUUUAUGGGAACAGGGGUUGGACAAAGGGUUUUUCUAAUAAGAUACAUUUUGAAACUGAACAAAUAACAAUGCCAUCGUCUCAUGAUGAUUUUUGACAUCAUUGAAAUUUUCAACGCUUCUUAAUCUAAUAUUUAAAGAAAUUUUAUGCAAUUUGAACCUGUGUAAAGUAAACAAUACUAAAUUAUUUAUGUGGUGGUUCUCUCGUUGCUCAGAUCUCAUAGAUGGUCUAAUCUAGAAUCCUUUUUGUCACAGCGAGCUCACAAAUGUAUCUUGUUUUCAUUCAUAAUUUUGAAGGAAGACAAUUUUUAUCAUUUGAUUUGUGAUGAGUCGAAGCCUUACUAGAACAUGUUGCGCAAGUUGUGUUGUCACAGAGAAUGACUAGCUGACCUUUUUCUUUAUUGUUUAUAUAUUCACAGAGAAGCAAGGAGAGAACUAGCUCGCCGUUUAUCUAGUUCUUCUCUAAUAUUUUGUCACGUUUGCAUGCCUUUUCAUGAACAUAAUCCACUAAAUACUUUCUUCU